AUGCCAGAAGUCACUGCCAAGCAGUUCAUGGCCCUAGGGCUGAAAGCUGCUGGAUACCCCCGUUGGCAUGCAUACAAAGAGGAACGAAAUAUUGAGCGCUUUCAGGCAUAUUACGGAGCAGUGCCAGCUGCCUUUGCUGCAAUUUGGAAAGAUCUAUUGGAGACCGAAAACGAAAACUAUAAGCUCUCAGCAGAGGAAGCAAAGCAUCCAAUCAAUCUACUCAUUGCUAUCCGCUGGACGUGGAAGUAUGAGACUGAACGAGAGCUAUGUCUGCGCUUCGGAAUCAAAAGUGAAAAAACAAUCAGCAAAAUCUACAAAGCUUGGGCUCAUAAGGUAAAGCUACUGUUCAGGGACAAGCUUCCCAGCUUAGAACAGUUUUCAGAUGAAGAGCUGAUCUUUUUGUUCUCCAUUGAUGGAACGCAUUGUCCAAUUGAAGAGCCCCGUCCUUUCUCGACAGACUGGUCAAGCUUCAAGUUUGGUGACAAUGCAGGAGUGAGCUACGAGAUAAUGUUGCUCAUCCAUAAACCGCAGGUUGCCUGGGUAAGAGGACCAAUUCCUCCCGGUGCAUACAAUGAUAUCAAAACUUUUAAGAUGAAACUCAUGGAGAAGAUGGAAACGAUCCUUCCAGAGAAGCGUAUUGUCGGAGACAAAGGAUAUCGUGGUGCGAAGCACAUUAUCAGCACAAGAAACGAAUUCGAUCCGGAGGAAAUCGCUGAGUGGAAAGAUAGAGUCCUUGCACGCCAAGAGAGUUUCAAUGAGUCCAUCAAAUGCUUCAAGGUUUGCAGAGAUAUCUUCCGACAUGGUGUCGAAAACCACAGCAUUGCGUUUGAGGCCGUCUUGUGCGUCAUUCAAUACUCGAUCAACGAGGGCUCGUACAUGCUCUUCGACCCUUACUUGUAG